AUGAAGUUUUCUAUACAUUCAUUGUUGCUGAUCGUAUCAAUAACAUUCCUUGUUGUUGCAUCAGCAUCACCUAUUAUAAACAAAGGCAAUGUGAUAAAUAUUGCCACUAAAUCUUAUAAUAAUGAUAAAAGAGAUUUAAUUGAUCUUCACAAUUCUGGAGGGUCUAAAACAACAGCCACGACCACAACGACAACAGCUACUUCAACAGCUACUCACACACCAACCAAUUUACCAGCUUCUUCAGAUCCAGAGGUAAUUUAUGGUGGUAACGGUAUUACGCCUCAAAAUGGUGUUGUAGGUGCUAUCUUAAUUGUGCUAGGCCUCUACCUCAUGGUCUUUGGUUUUCGAUCAUUUAGAAUCACAUUAGCUGUAUGUGGUUUCUUAACUUUUGGUUUGAUUACUUGGGUUGGUAUGACCAACAAUCAGCCAUACUAUGGUUAUGUCAAUAACGAUGUCACAAUAAUUGCUGUUCCUGCCGGAAUAGGUCUCUUGGGUGCCAUUAUCUAUGCAAUUUUCUGGAAUGUCUCUAUUUAUUUAGUAGGGGCUCUAGGUGGAUUUGCAUUGGCUAUGUAUAUACUCUGCUGUCGAUCUGAUCUUUUGAUCACUCAGGUGGUCGCAAGAGCCGCGUUCCUAGUUGCUUUGCCUGUGUUUAUGUCAUUUAUUACCUUUUUUGCAGAGCGAUAUGUUUUACUAUUUACUUUCGCAUUUACUGGUUCUUGUUGCUUUAUUGUUGGUAUAGAGUUCUUGGCCCAUACAGGAUAUCUAGCUGGUAUUAAAUCUAUUUUGGAUGGCAAUCGCUAUCAUCGUGUUGUCUACAGUAUCAAUACAAAAGUUAUUGUAUUGAUUGUCUUUAUCGGUGUUGUUUUUCUUAUUUCAUUUGCCUGGCAAUACACUUACAACAAAGGACAAAAGUUUGGUGUUAUCUUUAUUGAAGAAGUCAAAGAGGUCAAAGAAAACCCUGCUUCAAAAGAAGAAGAAGGACCCGGCGAUCCUGGUAAAUUCGAUGAGACACAACCGCAUGUUGAAGAGCAACCUAAACAUUAA